AUGGCCGACGCGACACCGACCGACCGCGCCACGGACAAGCUAUAUGUGCAGGCCAACACGCUUCAAUGCGCUAUCAACUUGUGUAGACCAUGCUGCUAUAAACUCUUCAUCUAUGGAGGCAAAGACGUCAUGCCGAACGUGAGGCCCGAGCAAUGCCCGCGCUUUAGCGACCCUGAUGCCAACACUGGCGACGGCGACGAUGGUACCGACGACGCCUCGGCCGAACCCGAGAUUGUUCCUCGGAACGUCAUGUUCCAGCCCUUGCAGAGAGUGUUGACCGUAGGCGAUGGCAACUUUUCCUUUUCCCGCGCGCUGCUGGAAUAUCUCCACGACGGGGCGCAACUAACAGCCACGUCCCACGAAGCCAAGGACACCGUGGUGGAAACAUACCCUGAUAGCGCUGCAAUUCUCGACACAUUAACCAACGCAGGCGCGACUGUUGUCCACGAGGUCGACGCCACGAGCGUCACGUCAUUGAAAGCAGCGGCCAGAUCGGAAAAGUUUGAUCGGGUUGUGUGGAAUUUCCCGUGUGUCCGCAUGCCGGACGGCGCCGACGGUCAGAAUGGCGAAAUGGAAGAGAACAAGGCGCUCUUGCAGGGAUUUUUCCGCGCCGUCGUCAGCGUCUUGGCUCCCCACGGCGAAGUUCACGUGACUCACAAGACGAAGCCGCCGUUUGGGCAGUGGGGCAUUGUGGCGCUCGCCGAAGCCAAUGGUCUGCGCCACGAAGGUUCGGUUGUGUUUGACCGGUGCUUAUACCCCGGCUACUCGAACAAGAAGGUGCUAUCGAAGGGCAGUUUUCCGAUUUGGGACAGCGAAACUUUUGUGUUCAUGCGAGCGAGCGACUCUGGCAGCGCUGGUGGUGCCACGAUCCCUGCCAAGAUUGUGGAAACGGAUGGCGUCCAGCUAUUUGUCGGGUGGGAUGCCGCCAAGUGGCGCGCGGCCGACGCGCUGUACCCGGUGCGCCCGGCGCUCCUGCGUGAUCUCCGCGUCCUCUUGGGACCCGCGAACCAAAAGCAAGUGGAAGCCAAGGAACGCGCACGAAAGCGGCGGAAACAUGUGACGCUCCCGGCCGACUUGCUCGAAAAGACGAAAGGCAAGAAGCGCAAGCGCCGCGACAACGACAAGAAGCACGGUGAGAAGAAGGGCGAGAAGAAGGGCAAGAAAAUCGUCAUGCAGCCUACAAAACGAAACAAAAAGGCCAAACGUCACAGCUGA